UUGGUGGCUAUAAACACACUGUUGAAGCAUCUCACUUAAACUUCCUCCUUUCAUCUUCACUUUAGGUUUCAGAGCUCUGAAAAUGGGUAACUGUCAGGCGGUAGAUGCAGCAACACUGGCGAUACAACACCCAUCUGGGAAAGUAGACAGAUUGUAUUGGCCUGUGAGUGCUAGCGAGGUGAUGAGGACUAACCCUGGUCACUAUGUGGCUCUUCUUAUUUCCACCACCUUGUGUCCAUCAAACUCCAACGCCUCCAAUGCCGAAUCUGUUCGGGUCACCAGGAUUAAGCUUCUCCGCCCAACAGAUACUCUUGUUCUUGGACAAGUUUAUAGGCUUAUCACUACUCAAGAGGUUAUGAAGGGAUUAUGGGCAAAGAAGUGUGCAAAGAUGAAGAAAUACCAGGAAGCUGAUCACAAGGAUGGUUUGAAACCAGAAACUAUACCAGGAAGAAGAUCUGGACCAGAGAGGGAUACUCAGGUUGCAAAGCAUGAAAGGCACCGAUCUCGAGUGGCAGCAUCAACCAAUCAAGCUGGGUUGAAAUCAAGAACAUGGCAACCCUCUUUGAAGAGCAUCUCAGAGGCUGCAAGCUGAGUAGAUUUCAUGUUAACAUAACAGAGCGGGACCAAAAUUUCUCAAAUCACCUGUGGAAAUCAAAGGGUUUCACAUUCAGGGUGGCAGGUAAAAAUCAAUGUUAACAAGAAGUUUCAAGUUGGGAUCUUUGAGUAAUGCACACUUGUAUAGGGAACGGUAAAUGGUAAAAGCCAACAUUACUCUUAAUCAACUUAUAUUCUAAAAUGGAAACUAUAGUUUCCUUUGAAAACCAUUAUCAUGUUUGCCCAAGUUCUUAAACUUUUUGAGUAUUAACAAGGAGGAGGUUCAUGUUGGAAAAUAAACCACAAAUGUAAAAGGUCUAAACUUUUAGUC